AUGGGAUCGUCGAGGUCAUCGCGGACGUCGCUCCUAGCACUCGGGAAGCACGGCCGCCUCCCGUCGCCGAGCUGUCCAGCGUUGACGCCGUCGCAAGUCCGAGCGCUGAAAGAGACUGCCGUCAAGACAUGCACGGAGCUGCUCUCGCUCUCCAAGCUCGCCAAGCGCAACAAGUAUGGAAUCACGUGGCGCCCGCUGCCGUUUGCGACAGAUCCAGGCCUCGCAUUCUUUGUCGGCGAGUCGGCGACUGCCUCGGACGUCCAGUGCGUAUACCGCCAUGCGCUCGUCUGUCAUGAUUCUCAUGCGACCAACGGUCGUAGGUACAUGUGCUGUGCCACGACCGUUCAAGCAACACUCGACGAAGUCGCAGAGCUCCUCAGCGGCGACGAGCAGUCGACGAUGGGCGAGGAAGCGUACGCGCAGCUCGAGGCGAGUACAGUCGUCUCCAAGAAUCUGCGCACGCUCAAGCACGUCGACCGGCUCAAGAUAUCGCUGCGCUGGUUUGUUUGGGACUCGACGUCGGCGUACGUACCACGACGAGACUUUGUCGUGCUGCAGUAUCAAAACGACGUCCAUUUCCACGGCCGCAAUGGCUGGGCACGAAGCAUGCACUCGGUUGAGCUCCCAGAGUUUCCAGCGUACCACACGUCGCAUAGCCUCGUGCGUGGCAGCUUGUACCGCUCCGGCUACGUCGUGCUCGAGACGGCAACACCGGGCGUCGUCCAAGUGCUGCACAUGGUCCAAGUACAUUUUAAAGGCCUUGUGCCGAGCGAAGACGUCGAGUCGAUGCUGCGCGCGCGGGUCGGCAACAUUGUCCACCUCAGUCCGUUCUUCGCCAAGCUCACGCUCGUCGCGCGCAUCGUCAGCAACAUGGAGACGUCGCGCGUGAGCAACCUCGAGAAGGUCAAGGUCUGCGCCAUGUGCAGCCGCAAAUUCAGCUUUGUCCACCGCAAAGUCACGUGCCGGCUCUGCGGCGAUAUUGUCUGCGCCGAGUGUUCGCAGGCCAUGGACAUGCAGAUUCCAAUUGCAGACCUCAAGCGCGUCGAUGUGUGCAACGUCUGCAACCUCCAGAAAGACCGCCGCAGCGACGAGCACCCGUUGCGUCUGGCCAAUCGCCGGAGCUUCCUGCGUCAAACCGAUGCGCACCACCGUGGCAGCCACCGGCAGUCGUCGCGCCAGCAUGAGACGUCCAUGGACGAAGACCUCGACCCGUACAUGCAAAUCAUGCGCGGCAAGCAGCCACAGCGCCUGAGCGUUGACGCUGGCCGAGAGCCGCUCUACUCGUUCCUUGAAGACAGCGGCGCAAGCGACGCCGGGAAGCGGUACGCUGCGAUCUCGCCUGUCGUCUCCAACGAUUCAGCGGCCGUCGGCCCCGCGUGGGACGUGGCCGCGCCGUCCGAGUCGUCAUUCCAGAGCCGGGCUUCCGCUGCAAGUGUGUCAGCCGAUGAUUUUUGGACCAAGCCCAAGCACACGCUGUAGCAGUCGUAC